UGUAAACAACGUGCGGAUACCGAAACUGUACAAAUGGCCGGCGCUUUGGGUCAACUCAGUUGUCUAUUAUCUACGCUUUCAUGCUGUUUUCCAAUUUUUUCCUUAUCCUUCGUGUACUUUUGUCUCCAGAGUCGUCUUAAAAGUAAGCGUAUGUUUUGCAAUACCUGCGGCGGUUAUUUGGGGUAUUAUUGGCGGCCAUCGUAAAAUAAUGUAAAAUUAUAUUGUAUCUCAAAAUUUCAAUUCUUUAAUUUAAAGCAAAA